AUGAAUAUCCGUUGCGCCAAGCCCGAGGAUCUGAUGACCAUGCAGCACUGCAAUCUGCUUUGCUUGCCCGAGAACUACCAGAUGAAAUACUACUUCUACCAUGGCCUCACCUGGCCGCAGCUUAGCUAUGUGGCUGAAGACGACAAGGGCAGCAUCGUUGGGUAUGUCUUGGCCAAAAUGGAGGAACCGGAGCCGAAUGAAGAGAGCAGGCACGGCCACAUUACCUCGCUGGCGGUGAAGCGUUCCUAUCGUCGUCUGGGUCUGGCCCAGAAGCUGAUGAAUCAGGCCUCCCAAGCCAUGGUGGAGUGCUUCAACGCCCAGUAUGUGUCCCUGCAUGUACGAAAGAGCAAUCGGGCUGCCUUGAAUCUGUAUACCAACUCGCUGAAGUUCAAGAUAAUUGAGGUGGAGCCGAAAUACUAUGCGGAUGGCGAAGAUGCUUAUGCCAUGCGUCGCGAUCUUGGUGAGUUUGCCAGCGAGGAUCGGACCAAGUCGAAGAAUGCGGGCGAUGAAGAGACGUCUGGUGGUGAUAAGGCUUCCCACAGAUCCGGUGGCCAUGGGCAUGGACACUCCCACAACCACAGCGGCCAUGAUGGUCACUGUUGCUGAACAACUAAAUUUCUACACACGCUGGCGGCACGUGUUUCGACGGUUUUUGCAUUUUUAUGCACUAGGGUUUUGUAAUUAAUUAACAUACAUAUAAAACGUAAUUACGAUUAAAGAGAAGAUAAUGACAGA